GGGGCGGGGCGGUUUAGCAGGAGUGGCGUGCGGCAAAAUGUCCAUCAACAGUGUCAAGGACCACGUCCUGGAGGUUAUUUUCUCUUAUUUGGAGCUGCCUGAGUUGCGGAACUGCUCACUGGUGUGCCGACGGUGGUACCGAAUCUUGUGUGAUGAGAACAACGACGUGUGGCGGCUGCACUGUGUUCGCCGGCUCGCAGAGGAGGCCCUCAAGUCGGACCUGCUGGCUUCGCUCCCCUCGUACAAGAGCAAGCUCAGGGCCUUUUACCACGCGUGGAACCCAAACGACACAUCGCGCAACAUCUACGUCAAGCCCAACGGCUUCACCAUCCACCGGAAUCCUGUGGCCCAGAGCACUGACGCCUCUCGAGGGAAGAUAGGCUUUCGAAGUGGUCGACAUGCCUGGGAAGUUAUAUGGGAAGGACCGUUGGGGACGGUGGCUGUUGUUGGAAUAGCCACAAGGGAUGCCCAGCUGCAGUGCCAUGGUAGAUAUGUUGCCCUGUUGGGGUCAGAUGACCAGAGCUGGGGGUGGAACUUGGUCGACAACCACUUAUUACACAACGGUGAUGCUCACGGCAACUACCCACUUUUAAAUAAUGCCCCUAAAUAUCAGGUAGGGGAGCGCAUUAGAGUCAUCCUAGACUGUGAAGACAACACGCUAUCUUUUGAAAAGAAUUAUGAAUUCCUUGGAGUUGCAUUCAGGGGUUUGCCCUCUAAGAGACUGUUCCCGUCAGUAUCCGCUGUUUAUGGCAACACAGAAGUGUCCAUGGUGUACCUAGGGCCACCGCUGGACGGCUAGCCCCUGCAGCACGUUCCUGCCCUCCAUAUUGAAGGAAGUCCCUUUCGUCUUUUAGUUUUUGUGAUUAUUGGCCGAAGACUUUCAUCUCAUUGUUUGGCCGCACCACGAACUUUCUUUUUUGUUCUGUGAUAUUGUUAUUUUGUUUUUUUGCUGUUGAGUGUGAAAGAAGUGCUGAAGACUUUGUAACAAUAACAAUUAUUAUGCGUAGGCGAUUUCUCUAGUGACUUGACUGACCGCGAGUGCAUGAUGUGUGCAAGUGAAUUAGUGUAAAUAUAUAUUUGAAUGAAAUCGAGAGAAGCGAUUUGUAAAUUAUCAAAUGUGCAGACGAUGACUGACUGCUGCAUUGUUGACCACAAAUAAAGUAUGAUGAGACUAGACCCUCACCACAAUAA